CUCCGGCGGGCAGUCGGGCAGGGCGCGGGGCGAACAUGGCGGCGGCGGCGGCGGCGGCCAAGGCGGUGGGGCGGGACACUCUACCUGAGCACUGGUCCUAUGGCGUCUGCAGGGACGGCCGGGUCUUCUUCAUCGACGACCUGACCCGCGCAACUACUUGGCUGCAUCCUCGCACCGGGGAGCCCGUCAACUCAGGCCACAUGAUCCGCUCAGAUCUGCCCCGUGGCUGGGAGGAGGGAUUCUCGGAAGAGGGAGCCAGCUAUUUCAUUGACCACAACCACCAAACUACCACAUUUAAACAUCCAGUGACUGGCCAGUUUUCCCCAGAAAACGUGGAGUUCAUUUUACAAGAGGAGCAUAAUUCACAUAUGUCCAAACAUCAGAUAAACCAAAGACCUUCAAGUAUGGUCAGUGAAACAUCUACUGCUGUAACUACAUCCACUACAGAUACAAAACUUGGAUCCAAGUUAGUAAAAUCUAGCAAUAAAGUUCAUAGCUUUGGGAAAAGGGAUCAAGCUAUAAGGAGAAACCCUAAUAUUCCUGUUGUGGUCAGAGGCUGGCUUCACAAACAAGAUAGCUCUGGAAUGAGAUUAUGGAAAAGAAGGUGGUUUGUGCUGGCAGAUUACUGUUUAUUUUAUUACAAAGAUAGCAGAGAAGAAUCUGUCCUUGGAAGUAUACCAUUACCUAGUUAUGUAAUUUCACCUGUGGGACCUGAAGAUCAUAUAAAUCGCAAAUAUUCCUUUAAGGCUGUCCAUACUGGCAUGAGGGCUUAUAUAUAUAAUAAGAGUUCUGUUAUUGGCUCUCAGGCAGAGCAUUCAGGGAUGCGCACAUACUACUUUAGUGCAGAUACUCAAGAAGAUAUGAAUGACUGGAUCCAUGCUAUGAAUCAAGCUGCUCUUAUGCAAAUCCCUUUUUCACCAAAGAGAGGAACAGAAAAAACAGAUCAGCAAGCUGUCCCUCAAGCUAAUCAUAUUGAUGCCUACAAAGAAGUUACUAAGUUAGAACCAGCUGAUGCAAAAAGAGGCUACAGAAAAUCACCCAAAAUGCCUGCAUAUGGCAAACAUGAAGAAAUGAAAAAAGUAAGAGAUGAUGAACACUACACUGCAAGGAAGAAGGCUGUGGAUUCCAAAUGGGAGAAACCUAAAAAACUAUUAGAACCUGGUGGAACACUGAAUCCCACAUCAAGUUUCUCUCGGCCUCAAGCAACUCAAACUCUUGAGAAGAAUGGAAUGCCUCCAAAUUCAUUAAAUGCAGGUCCAGUAGAGCAGAAUGGUAUCAGUGUCUAUAAAAGAGGCUUUAUUCCCAGAUCAACACAAAAUAAGGAGACACAAAGGAAAAGUAAUAUGACUCACAUAGAACAUUGGGUAAAAGUCCAGAAAGGAGACACAAAAAGUCUUGCAUCUGACCAGACUCUUACUCGCCAAGUGCCAAGCCAUUCUGUAUCCUUUCCUGAAAAUUAUCAUACUUUGCCAAAGAACACUAGGCAACCUUCUGGAAGCUCCCCUCCCUCAAAUCGUGAUUUGCCAAGUGACUACAAAUAUGCUCAAGAUCGGGUAAGCCACCUGAAGAUGUCCCAUGAUGAGAGAAAAGCUAACAAAGAUGGUACCGUUUGGCAGCUGUAUGAAUGGCAACAAAGAAGGCAGUUUAAACACGGGAGCCCAACUGCACCUCUUUAUAUUAGUUCUCCAGACUUUACAGAUAGUAGUAAAGGAAGAAGUUCAUUAGAAGUUCCACGUUCAGUUUCGGUUCCCCCUUCCCCAUCUGAAAUACCUCCACCAGGGCCACCUAAAGUUUUUAUAUCACGAAGACCGCAUACACCUGCAGAAAGGGUUACCAUCAAACCAUCUGAGGAGAGGCAAACAAUAGACGUUCCUUUUGUUGGCUCACCAAGGAAGAUUCGAAACCAGACUGUAAAAAACUCUCUACACAUAGAUAGACGUUCCAUGCCUACAAUGGGAUAUAUGACCCAUACUGUAAGUGCUCCAAGUUUGCAUGGGAAAUCGGCUGAUGAUACCUACAUCCAGCUGAAGAAAGACCUUGAAUAUUUGGAUCUGAAGAUAAAAAAUAAUGGACCUCUGAUCAACCUGAUUUACAAAGUGCUAAAGAGCUCAGCGCAAGGGUUACUAUCCAGUAUAAAUAUGACGGGGCGUGAUACAAUCAAAGAACGACAUGCAAAACCCAUCAAAAUUGGAGAAAGCGAUAUUGAUGUAAAGCUGAGUGUCUUCUGUGAGCAAGACAGGAUUCUGCAAGAUCUAGAAGACAAAAUAAGAGCUCUUAAAGAAAAUAAAGAUCAGCUGGAAUCUGUCUUGGAAGUAUUACAUAGACAGAUGGAACAAUAUAAAGACCAACCACAGCACACGGAAAAAAUUACAUACCAGCAGAAACUUUUGCAAGAAGAUCUCAUACGUAUUCGGGCUGAAAUAUCCAAAGUAUCUACAGAAAUGGAAAAUGCCUGGAAUGAAUAUCUGAAAUUGGAAAAAGAUGUGAACCAGCUGAGACAAAGUCUGCAAGAACAGAUGAACAAAUCAUGUUUUUCUCAGGAGAAAACUCAAAUGCAAAAAGAUUUAUGGAGAAUUGAAGAUGUUACAGCUGGCCUAAGUACAAAUAAAGCCAACUACAAAGUCAUCAUUGAAUCUAUCAAGAAUCCAGAAAGAAAAACAGUGCCUUCAUUUUCAAAGCCUCUAGUGCCUUCAUCAUCAUCUACUCUCAUGUCAACAGACAGCAAACUUUCUACUCAGCAAAGUCCACCAACUAGUCCUAUCAAGCCCUCGUUGGAAGUCAGACUUUUUCCUCAGCCUUAUACACAGCCCAGAAUGUUUUCUCCCUCCCUACAAGUGAAAAAAGUUGAACCUCCAGUCCAGUCACCAGUGAAAUUAAAACCAAAGGUUGAAGAUGAAGCACCACCAAGACCUCCUCUCCCACAGCUGUAUAGCACUGAUGAUAACCCACCAGCUGUUCCACCUCUUCCUAAAGAAGCUACAGUAAUAAGGCACACAUCAGUGCGUGGUCUCAAACGUCAAUCUGAUGAAAGAAAACGUGACCGUGAACUAGGACAGUACAUAAAUGGGGAUUACAGGGUAGAACUCCGCUCAUAUGUGAGCGAACCUGAAUUGGUAACAAUAGGCGGUGAUCUGAGCCAACCUUCCAUUGGGUUUCGUGGUACUGACAAUAGAUACCAAACAUUACCUACCAGAGGAUUAUCUGGUUCAACUUCUAGACUCCAUCAGUCAUCAACAAUUUCAUCAUAUUCAACGCUUCGAAGGGAUGCUUCCAAGGAGAGACCAAAGAGUGCCUUGGAACGUUUAUACUCUGGAGAUCCCCAAAGAGGAAAAAUGAGUGCUGAAGAACAAUUAGAAAGAAUGAAGCGACAUCAAAAAGCAAUAGUUCGUGAACGCAAAAGAACUCUUGGUCAAGGAGAAAGACAUUCGGUUUCAUCACGACCAUUCAUCCAGCCUGGUUCUGCAGACAUAGGCUCAUGGAAGCGGGAGCAAGAAUUUGACUUGCAGUUAUUGGAAAGAGCAAUGUGUACAGAACAAAAAAUGGGAGAUAAUUGGUUAAAAAUUGACCCUGUGGCAGUAACAGAGACAGAUCUAGAGCCCGAAGACUAUAAGUUGGAUAUUAGCAAAGAGUUGUCAAAACCAGACAAGGUUGCAAUUCCAGAACGGUACAUUGAGAUGGAUCCUGAAGACCCCCUCACUCCUGAAGAAUUGGAAGCAAGACAUCGUAAGGCAGAAAAAAUUAGGCAUAUUCUUACCAGAUCAAGUGUGCACAACCUCCAGCCUCCAAUUCAGGACAAAUACAUCUCUUCAAAUUUAGAUUCUCAGCUACAUGAGCAGGAACGCAUCAUUACCAUAUCAUACGCACUGGCUUCUGAAGCCUCUCAGCGGAGCAAAGAGGUAGCAGCUCCGCAAUUGAUUUACCCAACUAAAGCACCCUCACCUUCUGUACCUCAGCCACUCCCUUUAAGCAAUGGAUUUCACUACACAUUUGUCUAAACACCUUGAAACCAAAGCAGUAACUGAACAGUGAUUCCUGGAAUGUAACAAUCGCCUAAUGAACAAAUGCAACCAGAAAGAAGGAAGAGGCACCCCCAGGCUAGCCUUCACUCAUAAUUACUCUUAUCUGAACACCUUUUAUAAAUAAGUAUGGAGAACGUUCAUACAACAAAAAAUAAAACAACUUUGAAUAAUAAAUAAAAACCCAAUAAGUUAACAGCAUUUUUAACAUACUAUAUAAAACGGUGUUUCUCAACCUUGGUAAUGUUAGGAAGAUGGACUUUACUCUGGAUAUUUGUUCAUUCUGGUGGGGGAAUUCUGGAAGUUGAAGUUCACCCAUCAUAAAAUUGCCAAGACUGAAAAACACUGAUAUAAAAUAUGUGCAACAGCCAUAAUUCAAGCCUAUGCAGGUCCUGCUGAUCAGUUCAUUGAUUUUUAAAGAUUUGAUGUGCUACACUGAAUGACAAUAUUUUUUUUAAGAAACAAAGUAUGUAUUAGAUUUGUUGUUGAAAAAGGGCUGCUUACAUUUAAAAGAUUGGAUGUAUGCUAUGAAGAUGCAACAUUAUAUUCUUUGGAUAUUUUGUGUUUAGAAAGGAAAAUUUAAAAAACCAUUAUCCCGUUAGAUAGAUAUAUAGUGAGUUUAUAUAUAUAGUGGAUAAUGGUUUUGUGACCACAAUCAGGUGCAAUUUUAUUGAAGUAAUCAACAUUUCAAUAAUUACAGAUCUUGUACAAAUACAAAAACUAGAUAUAAAAUAUACAAAAGAUGGACCCCUUUAAAUAAAUUAUAUAGCCUAUUAUAAUUGAGAAUCAUUAUAGACCUCUGUCCAACAUGACAUCACUAAUCUAGCAACACUUUCCACCUGUUGUAAAAAGAAAUCCAUUUUUUUAAUAUCAUCUUUAAGUUUAGGGCUUAGGCAAUGAAAUACACUCAAUUCAGUCCAGUCCCAUCCCUUUCCCAACUUAAAUGCAAUUCUCAUGUAAUUUGUCCUCCAGCACUAAUAUACAUAUGCAUACAUUCUCUACAUUUGUCACAAAGAGGGCAUAAGUUACGCACAAAAUCUAAUGUUUUUUAAUAAAAAAAAAGAUUUGUCAUGGUACAUCUCUGCAUUCAGCAGGAAGCUGUUCUUUAUCGAUCCCUCUACGAAGUGCUCCAUCGAAAAGGUCCUACAUCCACAGCGGGCUCAGAUCACCCACUUCAAAACGAAAUAUUUAAAAUAACUGACACAAUUAUUAAUAUGUCAUUUUACUGAAAUAUUUAUGUUGUUGAUAUCUGUAUUUUCAAAAGCAGCGCAAAUGAUUUAUUGUUAACUAUUUAUAAUUUGCUAUGUUGAUUUAGCUCCUGGCCCAGACAAUUAAAAUCUAAAGUAUAAGAUUUCUCUUCUUGGGUCUUAGGCAAAAAAAAGCUAAUAAAAGCAGUUAAUGGUUGUUUUUUUAAUGUGAAGGCUUGUGUGGUAUAUUAAAAAUGUGGGCUGACAGCCGCCAGUAUCUUGUUCAUUCUCCUGCAGAAGUGAGUUCAGUGUAUUACAGCUUUCUAUUACAGUACUUUCUUUUUAUACCAACUGUAUAAAAAAUAAUCCUAAUCAUUUAGAGUAAAGUAAAUAUGGAUUUAAGCCAAGAUGGGCUCACAUUUGGUUUGGAGACAAGAUUCUGGAAGAUUCUUCAGACUUGCACUAAAUGUCAGGGCAGUGACACAUUCACACCUUCUCCCAUACACAUAUCUCACUCUUAUUGGGAGAGGGAUUUAAUCCUGCUCCCCAACUGUGCUCUGAGGUGCUGUGUCCCUGCCAGUAAUAUCAGCAGGCAAAGAGCAGCUUUACGAGGACGACUAUGGGGAUAUGAAGACGUUUUAAACUCUUCCAUUCCUCCAUUGCAGUAAUUCUGGCAUAAGGAAGAUCCCAGAGGGAGAUGGCAGAAACAAACAGCUGCCAAAUCCUGGAAUAUUUCCUUGCUGUUAACAGGACAAAUUGGGUUAAUUUUGGAAUGAAAAUUAAUUUCACCCCUUCAUCCUCGUGAAGAUUGCACAAUAGGUCAUACAAGGAUUAUUUUUCUGUGGCUCAACACAGUCCGUGCAAUGGGAUGUGGAUUUAAAUUAGUGAAUUGGUGCAGAGAGAAAUAUGGCUGUUCACCACAAGAUUACAGGGUAGUUUUCUAGAAGCCACAGGGUGCCCAUGUGUAAUAGAAAUUGUUUCCUUAAAGCUGGUUUAUAACAUUACUACCCUUACAUAUAAGCCUGAGACUAUUUUUAUUACAAAAUCCCAGUAUAAAUUAUUGAGACAUUCAUACUGAUAGCUGUUAUAGAGGUGCAACUAAAGUUGUAGCAUCUUUUACAUAAAAAGUGAAACCUGUAGUUUUCAGCUGGUUACUGCAUGGUUUAGUACAGGGGUCUCCAACCUUGGCAACUUUAAGCCUAGAGGACUUCAACUCCCAGAAUCCUGGGAAUUCUGGGAAUUGAAGUCCUCCAGGCUUAAAGUUGCUAAGGUUGGAGACCCCUGGUUUAGUACAAUGCACAAUCUUAAAGAUAAAUGAAUUUCCUAAAAUUUACUGUUAAAAUUUUGGAGAUUUGAAAAAAUGGAGAACAGAAUUUCACAGGUAGCAAAGAGUCUGUAUUCAUGAGCCUUAUUGAGCAUGACUAUUAAUGAUGUAGAGGGAAUGUAUGUAAAAUAAGAGGAGUUCAUGUGUGGGGAAAAAAGCUUCCAUGCUGGCUUCCCAAACUAAGAUUUGCAGAGAACUACAUGUUGUCUUUCAUUUGAUGUUUGUUCUUUGAACAGGCACACACUUCAUAGCAAACUAAUUUUGAGAGUUUGAGGUACUUUAAAAAUCUCUUUGUGAUGUUGCCUUGCAGCUACCAUUCAGUGAAGAAAUCUUUCAAGAAGAAUGAAAUCCUUUCUGUAUUACAGUCCAUACCUUUUAUGUAUUAACUUGUAGAAGUGAGUGCCAAUUAUUUGUUUCAGAGUAGAAUGGAAUUAUUAAAACAGAUGUGGAAAAUUCAGAUACCCAAGAAUAAAUACUCAUAUAAUAAUACUCAAUACCUUGAGAAGCACAUACAGCUCCAUGUGAAGAACAGGCUAAUUUAAUUUAAACCAGGUCGGAAUGAAAUAGCAUUAUCUCAUUUUACAUUUGUAAAAGUCAAAUGAUUGUUUUCUGUGUUUAAACAAAAUUCUUCAUCCAUCCCAAAUGAUAACAUAAAAUAGUUUUUCUUACAGCAAAAUUGACUCUGAAAAAAUCAUAAGAAUGAUUAUGUUAAUUUUUCCCUUAGGCUUUUAUUAAUAGUGUUUGUUGAAAUCUAACACUGCAUUGCUAAUUCUUUCUUUAAAGUUGGUCAACAAUAUGUAAUUGGACAUAUUUAUUCUAGCAACUAAAGAAGAAUUACAUAAAGAGAAACACUUGUUUUUGUUUUCCUUUCCGUCAUUAAGUUAAGAGAUACAAUUUCUACCUGACUGUGUCUUUUAUCAAAUAGUAACUGGAUUGAAAAUUAUUUUUUGAACUUGUAUUCUAUUUUGGCUAUAUUUGAAAACUAUUCUUGAUAAAUGUAUUUAGAAAAUACAAUCUAUUUUAAUUGAAUACUGCCAGUGUGAAGCAUGUAACAUUUUGUCAAAAUGAUAUUCUUUUAUUUUUUUCUUUAUUAAAAUGUUGAAAUAUUUUGCAAGAAAUUUUUAAUUUAAAUGAAAUGUAACAAUUUGGAGACAAUAUAUAUGUACAUAUUAAACUAUUAACAUUA